AUGAGAGUCACUCUUAAAAUUUUCCUCAGAAUACUUCAUAACAGAGUUAGACGCAAAUGCCAAGAAUAUCUUGAAGAUAUCCAAUUUAGUUUUAGAAAUGCUAUGGGAACCAGGGAGGCACUUUUUGCGCUUAACACCCUAUUACAAAAAUGUCGUGACCAAAUAAAAGAUGUAUUUGCAUGUUUUAAGGACUUCGAAAAGGCAUUCGAUAAAGUACAUUAUGUAAAAUUAAUGCAAAUAUUAAAAAAUAUUGAAAUAGUAAAAUUUGGAGAUAAGUAUUAAACAAAAAUUUAACAAUAGAAUAAAAAACAUCGGAGAAGAACUAGAAGAUCCAGAAUUUACUCCAAAAUCUCCAUACAACGAGGAGUCAGACAAGGUUGGAUUUUGUCGCUAACAUUGUUCAAUGCUUACUCAGACCAGUUGUUUAAAAAGGCAUUUGAGAUACAACCAUAUGGAAUAAAAAUCAACGAGGAACUACUUAAUGUGAUUAGAUACGCAGACGAUACAGUAAUUCUGUCAGAGGAUAUUGAAGGUUUCCAAAUACUACUUGAUCGUAUUCACGAGGUAGAAGAGGAAAUGGGCAUUAAAAUAAACUCAAACAAAAAUAAAUUUUUAGCGUAUAGUCGUAACCCACAUUCCGAUGCAAAGCUUUAUUUAA